AUGCCUUACGCCCUUUCUGAUGCCCACAAGAAGUUGGUUUCAUCCCAUCUAAGUGAAUCCGACCCUGAGGUUGAACAAAUCAUCAAGGAUGAGAUUGACAGACAAAAGCACUCUAUUGUGUUGAUCGCCUCUGAAAACUUCACUUCUACCUCUGUCUUCGACGCCUUGGGAACUCCAAUGUGUAACAAGUACUCUGAAGGUUACCCAGGUGCCCGUUACUACGGUGGUAACGAACACAUCGACCGUAUGGAACUAUUGUGUCAAAAGAGAGCCUUAGAAGCUUUCAAUGUUACUCCAGACAAGUGGGGUGUUAACGUUCAAACUCUUUCUGGUUCUCCUGCUAAUUUGCAAGUCUACCAAGCUUUGAUGAAGCCACACGAAAGACUAAUGGGUCUAUACUUGCCAGACGGUGGUCACUUGUCCCACGGUUACCAAACCGACACCAGAAAAAUUUCUGCUGUUUCCACCUACUUCGAAUCUUUCCCUUACAGAGUUGACCCAGCUACUGGUAUUAUCGAUUACGAUACUCUAGAAAAGAAUGCUAUCUUGUACAGACCUAAGAUCUUGGUUGCUGGUACAUCCGCUUACUGUCGUUUGAUUGACUACAAGAGAAUGAGAGAAAUCGCUGACAAGGUCGGCGCUUAUUUGAUGGUUGAUAUGGCUCACAUUUCUGGUCUAAUUGCUGCUGGUGUCAUUCCAUCUCCAUUUGAAUAUGCUGACAUUGUCACCACCACCACUCACAAGUCUUUGAGAGGUCCACGUGGUGCCAUGAUCUUCUUCAGAAGAGGUGUCAGAUCUGUUAACCCAAAGACCGGUAAGGAAGUUUUGUAUGACUUGGAAAAUCCAAUCAACUUCUCUGUUUUCCCAGGUCACCAAGGUGGUCCUCACAACCACACCAUCUCUGCUUUGGCCACUGCCUUGAAGCAAGCUAACACCCCUGAAUUCAGAGAAUACCAAGAACAAGUUUUGAAGAACGCUAAGGUUUUGGAACAAGAAUUCAACAAGUUGGGCUACAGAUUGGUCUCCGACGGUACUGAUUCUCACAUGGUUUUGGUUUCUUUGAGAGAAAAGGGUGUCGACGGUGCUCGUGUCGAAUACGUCUGUGAAAAGAUGAACAUUGCUUUGAACAAGAACUCUAUCCCAGGUGACAAAUCCGCUCUAGUUCCAGGUGGUGUUCGUAUUGGUGCUCCAGCAAUGACCACAAGAGGUUUGGGUGAGCAAGAUUUCGCUAAGAUUGUUGAAUACAUUGACAAGGCUGUUCAAAUUGCUAGCGCUGUUCAACAAUCUUUGCCAAAGGAAGCUAACAGACUAAAGGACUUCAAGGCCAAGAUCAACGAAGGUAACCAGGAGGUCGAUCAACUAAAGAACGAAAUCUACAACUGGACUGGUGAAUUUCCAUUGCCAGUGUAA